AUGAGGGACAAGCAUUCUUACAACGAGGGGGUAGAGAGUCUAUCCACCGAGAUGCUCUUGUCAAUCCUGGAGCACUAUGAUACAAACCUUAUUGAGGAGCAUAUUAUUGAUGAAUACGAUAGGAGGGAAGACGACUCUGGAAGAGAAGUUGAAGGGAUGAAUCCCAGGCAGUCCUGGUGUGAGGAGAGCCUUGAAGCAAAUAAUUCCCCGCAUGAGAAGAUUGAUGAAUCUGAGUCCUUGGAGACACAGAUAUGCAACUUCAUAAAUAACUAUGGAAUAACCGAGGAGAGUCCAUGUCUGCAGGAAAAAAGCAAGUUUGACUCUUCACUGCUGCACAAGGAUGGAAAUGCCUUUGAGGAGCCAUCUGCUAAAAUUGAUGGAAAUAGCACCAUUGAUCUUUCUGGAGUCCAAAAUCUCACAGAUCCAGUGUCUCUUGAGAAGGCCUUAGAGUUUGAAAAGUGCUCAAUUAAAAAAGAGGAGUUAGCAAGGACUGCAGAAUCACAAAGGAAGGUUCUUGAAGCAUUCCAUUCCAUUCCUCUGGUGACCAUAAAGGAAAGUCUAUUCGACAACACUAAGAUAAAUAAAGUAUAUGUUGAAUCUAGAAUCCGCAUAAGAAAGCAGAAUGGAAGAAAGGUCAAGGAAAAAAAAGGCUUUGUGAGGGACGAAAAAGAUAGGGAAGGGGGAAGAGAAACAAAGACCAUGAUAUUUAAUGACUACACUUCUGGAUGGGAGUCGUCGAGUGAGACAAACUCUGACAUAGCAGCAAGAGAAAAGGCAUUUAAGAUCAUAAGAGAAGCGGAAAGAAAAGCAGCAAGAAGAGACCUACUGUGUAACGGAGACAUGCAGCUGCGUAAGUUUGUUGUGGACCAAGAAGAAAAGUACCUGAGAAUAGAAGAGGUCAUAAAAUUGAAUGAUCUGAAAUACAGGAACUUGCUGGGGAAGAUCUACAAGAAAGGAAGGAAUGGAAAGUAUCAGUGCAAUUGGUUCACUUUGAAGAAGAACUUCUUCACAUGCUACAAUGGGAAGGGAACUAGAACAACCUCGGAUACCUUUCCAUCUGAGAAGGAUGGGGAUCUCAAGGAUCCUGGAGACGAAACACUCUUCUUCAAGAAGAAGUAUAGCAUAGACCUCCUCAAUACAGGAAUCUACCUUGUCAAAAGGCCGACCUACAUAGGAUGCAUAAAGUGGGGGUCCCGGUCAGAUGAGGAUCUGAUUGAUAUCACUGAGGACACGAAGAUAAUAAGAAUCACACCUACAAAAAGCUAUUUCUUAGUCUCUCUCAAGAAAAACCUUGUGAAGACGGAGAUAAAGGUGAAUACACUAGACUUUGCACUGAAGGUCAACGGAGAGACCUAUUUCUAUAGAUCAAAGGAUGUGGACAGCUUCCUUGGGUGGCUUGUUGCAUUUGCGUUCAGACAAGGAAGGAUAAAAUGUAAUAUCGGUUAA